AUGUCUUCUCUUUCAAGCUCGGCGUUUGCUCAUGGGUUCAGCCUGAAGAAGGACGGGUGUUAUUUCUGUUCCAGAGGGAUGAACCACAGCUGCCACCACAUGAACUUCAUCCACAGUGCUGGCAGGGUGUUCAGAUUCUGUAAAUCCAAGUGUCAUAACAACUUAAAAAAGAAGCACAAUCCUCACAAGAUCGGGUGGACGAAAACAUUCCAUAGAGCAGCCGGUAAAGAGUUUACAGGGGAUAAUUCAUUUGAAUUUGAAAAAUGCAGAAAUAUUUUCUACAUUUACCAUAAUAUAGAAACAAAUACCAGCGAGAGCUGUGGAAUAAAACUUGAUGCAAUGAAGAGAGUCGAAGAGAUCGAACACGAACACCAAGCAAAAUUUAUGAUGAACAGGUUGCAGAAAAACAAAGAACUACAGAAAUUUCAGGACAUCAAAGCUGUCAAGCAGCAUCCCAUCCAAGGCCCUUUUGCAGGCAAAGGAAAGCAUCAGGAAAACAAAAUGGUACAGAAACUACAAAAGGAUGUGGGCAUGGAAGAUUUUCCGAAAAUCUUAUUGUCUAUAACCAUUUCUAAAGUGCAUUUGAAAAUCUCCUUAGAAACUUCGGUCUAA